AUGGCACCGAAGGCACCGAAGGCCAUCCCGUUCCCGGGCUUCACAGCCCUCAACGACCAAAUCUUCAUCCGUGAUGGCGAGGAACUGGCAGAGGGCACAACACGACCAUCGGAUCACCCCCGAGUCGUCAUCAUCUACGGCUGGGGCGACGCCGUUCCAAAACACGUCGCUAAAUACACCGACGGCUACAGCAAGCUGUACCCUCACGCGCGACAAGUCGUCAUCCUCUCGCCCAUCGCCAAAGCCAUGACCGAGAGCAUCCAAACGCGCGCAGACGGCAUGAAGCUCGUCGUGGACGCCACGUACCCGCCAUCAUCAAUCGGCACGCCCGACGAGGACGCCGUGCUCGUCCACGCCAUGUCCAACACGGGCGGCAUCAACUACGCCUCCACCCUGAAGAACUACCGGCAGAGAUACAACAAGCCCAUGCCGCAACGCCUCGGCGUCUUCGACUCGACACCCGGGACCCCGUACAUGACCUGGGAGACCCUCAAGCGGUGGUCCAACGCGGCGGCCAUGGCCGUCGCGCCUUACGUCCCGCUUCCCUACGUCGUCACGCAGACCUUUGUGGGAUUCCUCCUCGCGCUGAACCGCGGGUACCAAUUGGCGAUUGGAUGGGAGCCGGCGCCUGUGUUCAGCUGCAACGCGGUCAACGAUGAGAGCUUCGUGCCAAAGACCAUGCGCAGGCUGUACUUCUACGGCAAGGACGAUGUGAUCAUCCAUCCCGAGGAGAUCGAGGAGAACAUCGCCACCUCGGAGAAGAAGGGCUACGUUCACGAUGCCAUUCUGUUUGAAGGAAGCGGCCAUUGCGGACACAUGCGCAUGUUCCCUGAGAGGUAUUGGGGCGCUAUCCAGGAGUCAUGGAAGGCCACUGCUUGA